GCCAGCCACCCGGUCAGCGCAAAGACUGCGUGAUCACAGCACGCUCAGCUGCGGAUCUUUGGGCAAUUGCCCGUGGCAGCUCAAGUCCACAGGCGGCUUUCGCGCAAGGGAAGAUCUCUGUGCGAGGCGGCUUCUCGCCCCUUCUAGAGCUGCGCCCUUUCAUCGCGGAGCUGCGGGGAAAGAUACCAGUCACCGACCUCUUACCAGGUGGCGCAUGGCUACCAGAUUCCGCCGCAGAUGCAUGUAUGGCGUGUGACGCAGUCUUCACGCUGUUCAGGCGGCGCCAUCACUGCCGCAGCUGUGGAAAGCUAUUUUGUGACCGCUGCAGCCCUUGGCGUGCAGGCCCUGCUGCGCGGCAGUGCGACGAGUGCUUUCGCGCGAAGACGGAGAUCUCUGAGGGUGCAAAGAAGGACCAGGGCAUCGUCGCUGAGCAGAUGAGGCUGCUGGAAGUGCGGCUGGAGGAAGUCGAAAGUGCAGCUGCUGCACGCGAGGCGGAAGACUUUUUGGGCACGGCCAACGCAUUCCUUGGCCUCCUAGCUGCUGGUCUGCUUCUGGCUUUGGUGGCCCUGGGCGCAGAAAGGAACCACCUGGCUGUUCUGCUGGCGCUUGUGGUGUCGAGCCGGUGUCUCUUCUUUCGGCAGCUCCGUGCCCUGUGGCUGUGUGUCCUUAUUCUUUGGAAGUACAAGCAGAGUGCUUGGGAAGCAAAGCGCCUCUGUGAAGAGGACGGCAAGAGGCUGCUUUCUGCGCGAUACAGGGUCCUGGCCUUCCUCGGGGCGCGGGGCCUCCGACAGCUCGGGGGCGUAUGGCCGAAAGUGGGCCAGUACCUUAGCACGCAAGGCGAUAAGUGGCCGGACGAAGUGCUUUCGGAGCUGCGAAAGCUCCGCGACGCGAUGCCCGCGGCGCCUGCGCAUAUCACCCAGCGGACGAUCAAGGAAGAUCUGGGCCAGCCAGUGGAGAAGCUCUUCCGGAGCUUCGAGGAGCAGCCGAUCGCCAGUGCCUCCAUUGGCCAAGUGCACAAGGCAGUCCUCCAUGAUGGUCGUCUGGUGGCCGUGAAGGUUCAGCACCGCCAUGCUGCGAGACAAAUUCCGAUCGAUGUGGCCUACAUGCGCCUUCUGGCAAAUUUGGCUUGGUUGCUGACGCUGGGCGAGGUGGACUUGAUGCCAGUGGUUGUCGAGUGGCUGGGUGCUGUGCUGGAAGAGCUGGACUUCCAGAACGAAGCCAAGAACCAGAGCCGGGGCCGCUCGGAGCUCAAGGCGGCUGGCCUCGACAUCGUAGUGCCUGAAGUCUAUGAGUCUCUUUGCGGCCGGCGUGUGCUCGUCAUGGAAUUCGUCGAAGGCCAGCAAGUGACCGCGGGCGACGCGUCGCUGUCAGCAGCGGAGCGCCUUGAGGUCAUGACAUCCCUGGUUCGAGCCUAUGCUCAUGGACUGUUUGUGUCGGGCCACUUCAACGGCGAUCCACACGCCGGCAAUCUCCUGGUGACGCGCAAGAAUGGCAAGGCUCACUGUGUUCUUCUGGACUGGGGCCUGACGAAGGAACUCACCAAUCAGCGCCGGCUCGCAGCCUGUAAGCUCAUCGUGGCCGUGGGCAUGAAGGACACCAAUGGCAUUGUGGAAGCCUUCAGGGAGAUGGGAAUGAAUUUCUCUGCCCAUGCGGACCCGGAGCCCGACCUCCUUUUGACAAUCCUGCGGCACAUCAGCUUGAUCGAACACAAGACAGAGUCGAGGAGGAUGGAGGCCAAAUUCGGCCAGACGAUGGAGAAGGCAAUAUACCACAAAAUGGGGUUACACUCCAAGGUGGACAGCUACACCGGUGAUUUUUUCUUUAUCUUCCGUGUCGCCUCGCUGAUCAAGGGUUUGGCGACAGUGUUGGACAUCCGAGCUCAGUUCCUCGAGAUCUUCAUCGAAGUCAGUCGCGGCGUACUUGCGGGACCCCGCCCUCGACCAGCCCCGUCAUUGGCCGUGCACAGCAACGCAGAGGCACGCCUCGCCCGCGAAGCGCAGCGAGCGCUGCAAAGCGGGGCCGUAGGCAUCCAAAUUGCCAAAGUGAGCCGCGAUGGCUCCACGAUUCUCAACUUGGCCUUCGGCCACGUCGCUUACACCUCCUGGCAGCCACUUCAUCCAACUGAUGCCUUUCCGCUUCAUGGGACUGCCUUCAUGGCGACCUUGGUCACAGCUUCUACUGCCCACGCUCUGCGGCAGAAAGGUAUCUCGCUGUCUGCGCCCGUGGCCUCCCUUCUGUGGGCAAAGUUCCCAGCACCAUCGGGAAUCACGGUGGGUGAAGUCGUGCGCGGUGCAGGACCUUGGAGUGAGGCACCAGCUGCGCCAAGCGCCAGACGUCUUGCAGAUCUUCAGGAAAUGCUGAAAUGGCUGGAGACUGCACCGCCGGCAAGUGGCUCCUGUCCUUCCUGGUGGCCGGCCACCGCUCAUGCCACGGUCUGUGCGGCAUUGCUUCGCAAGGUGGGAAGGACACCCAGUGAAGCCUUGCAGUCCUUCUUCUCGCAGGCCUCGCGCCCCUUCUUCAAAGCCACGCAGUCCCCCAUUCAGAUCUCGAAGCCGAUCUUGAGUGUGGAAAGCGCAGAGGUUGAAGCCUCACAGGAUGCCCUGGUUGCGUCGCUGGGCGCCGAUGACAUGAGAUGCAUGCAUCUUGCAGACGUGUGCCUGCCCAACAGCGCUGCUCUUCGAGGGUCUGAGCUCUUUGCCGGCGCGGCGUCGGCAGCCAGCUUCGGAGCUGGCCUUGCCAUGUCUGUCGACUUCUGGUCUCAGAUGUUGAGCAACUCCGUCAGCUGUGCGAAGCGCUCUGCUAGUGGAGAGGUGGCCAUCGUUCUCCUCACAUGCGCAGAUGCGGAAUUGGCACCUCGCUUAGCGGAGUUGGCCCUCCGGGAGUGA